CCAUGAGAAUAAGUGUGCAGUAAGAAAUUCUGGAGUGAGCAGUGUGUUCUAUUAAUUCUCUUUACUGAGUGUUGCACAGGAUCUGAGCUCAAUGGCUGUGUUUCUUCUUUUGGCUGGAAUGGUAGUGGUGGGCUAUAUGAUUUUUCAUAAUAUCUUUGUCAAAGGGGCAGUUUGCAAGAGCAAUGUGAAACUGCACGGGAAAACUGUAAUUGUAACAGGAAGUAACACAGGCAUAGGGAAGAUGACUGCACUAGAUCUGGCCAGGAGAGGUGCCAGGGUCAUCCUGGCCUGCCGCAACAAACAGAGAGCUGAGGCUGCGCUCGCUGACAUCAAGAGGGAGAGUGGGAGCAAUGAGGUGGUGUUCAUGCAUCUGGAUCUGGGCAGUCUGAAGUCUGUUCGCUCCUUUGCUGAAACCUUCCUAAAGACUGAGCGCAGAUUGGACCUGCUCAUCAACAAUGCAGGUAUUUACAUGCAGGGCAGCACAGAAGACGGCUUGGGGAUGAUGUUUGGUGUCAACUACAUCGGUCACUUCCUGUUGACCAACCUGCUUCUGGACCGUCUGAAGGAGUGCGGUCCGAGUCGAGUGGUCAACGUGGCGUCCUUGGGCCAUAAUUUUGGCAAAAUUGAUUUCAACUGCUUGAGCACUCACAAGGAGUUAGGUGUUGGCGAGUCUGCCACGGACGUCUUUAACAUCUAUUGCAACAGCAAGCUGUGUAACGUUGUCUUCACCCAUGAGCUGGCCAAGAGACUGAAGGACACAAAUGUUACCUGCUACAGCCUCCACCCUGGUAUAAUCGAAACUGAGCUGGGCCGUUACGCCAACUCUGCAUUUUUAAUGCUGUUGAAGCCCAUCUCAAUGUUGUUCUUCAAGAACUCUGUGGCGGGGUCUCAGACCACCCUGCACUGUGCCCUGCAGGAGGGCCUGGAGCCCCUGUCUGGAUGCUACUUCUCUAACUGUACAGUCAGGAACGUCUAUCCUAAGGCCAGAGAUGAUGCGGUGGCCAAGAAGCUAUGGGAAGUCAGUGAGAGUCUGUGUGGACUCCUGUGAAAGCCUCCCACUGUGACUCAAGCUCUCCUCAGUGUGCAAGAUGAUUUUUGACAUUUGAGUGGACUUGCCCUUUAAGUCAUUCA